GGCAAUAAUACUUAACUCUCAAUAAGCGACAACUAUUGGUCUGAUCAUACCUAGUACAUAGCUAAAUUGCCCCGCACUAAAGUUUGUACAGGGUCCCCGCAGCAAGUGAACACAAAAAAAAUUUAUUGGACUCGAGUUUACAUCGAACUUUUUUCCCUUUUUCUUCUUUUUUUUCUUGGGAAGAAGAUAACCAUUCAAUUCGUCGACAGGUCAAUUUAUUCUCGACGUUUUCUUCGACCUCACCUUCAAGAAAUUUACCAUUGAUUGAUACUUGCUAGAAUCUUUUAGUUAAGAUGCCGUCUCUCAAUGGAUCUGUUUCUGUCAAUGGCAACGCUCAAGCCCGCGACUUUCAUACUGCCAUCGAGGCUUUGAAAGAGUAUGAGUCUCGCGAUGGCCUUGGUAUUGAGGAGCUUAUCGACACCAAACAGCGUGGUGGUUUGACAUACAAUGAUUUCCUAGUCCUACCGGGAUACAUUGGCUUCCCUGCCUCUGAAGUUGUACUCGACUCCCCUGUCACGAAGAGGAUCACUCUGAAGACUCCCUUUGUCUCCUCUCCUAUGGAUACCGUCACAGAACAUGAGAUGGCUAUUCACAUGGCUUUACAGGGCGGCCUUGGUGUCAUUCAUCACAACUGCUCCCCUGAUGCCCAGGCCGAUAUGGUCAGGAAAGUCAAGAGAUACGAGAAUGGUUUCAUUGUUGAUCCCGUUGUCAUUGCCAAAGGAACCACUGUUGAAGAGGCCAAAGCCCUCAAGGAGAAAUGGGGAUUUGGUGGUUUCCCAGUGACUGAGUCUGGCAAACUUGGUUCCAAACUCCUCGGUAUCGUCACGAACCGCGAUCUCCAGUUUGAGGAUACCCUCAAUCAAACAGUCGAUAAUGUCAUGGUCACCGACCUAGUCACCGCUCAGCUAGGUGUUACUCUCCCUGAGGCGAAUAAGAUUCUAGCAAAGUCCCGGAAGGGCAAGCUACCCAUCGUCGACAAGGACUUCAACCUUGUAUCUAUGAUCUCACGCUCCGAUUUGACCAAAAACUUGCAUUUCCCUCUCGCUUCCAAACUCCCCGACUCCAAACAACUCAUAUGUGCUGCUGCUAUCGGUACUCGACCAGAGGACAAGACUCGCUUGCAAAAGCUUGUUGACGCUGGUCUCGACAUUGUCAUCCUAGACAGCAGCCAAGGCAACAGUAUGUACCAAAUUGAGAUGGUCAAAUGGAUCAAACAGGAAUACCCUGGCCUUGAUGUCAUUGGUGGGAAUGUGGUGACUCGUGAGCAGGCCGCAAACCUGAUUGCUGCAGGAGUUGAUGGGUUGAGAAUCGGAAUGGGCAGUGGAAGUGCUUGCAUCACUCAAGAAGUUAUGGCUGUAGGCCGCCCUCAAGCCGCUGCGGUAUACUCCGUUUCCGCCUUUGCGGCUAAAUUUGGUGUACCGUGUAUCGCUGAUGGCGGUGUCCAAAACGUUGGCCACAUCGUCAAGGGUUUAGCUCUCGGCGCUUCUACUGUCAUGAUGGGUGGCCUACUUGCCGGCACAACCGAGUCGCCAGGCACAUCGUUUGUCUCGCGAGAGGGCAAGCUUGUUAAGGCAUAUCGUGGCAUGGGCAGCAUUGACGCCAUGCAAGACAAGAAAGCUGGAGCUGGUGGGAAGAACAGCCAAGCAAGCAACGCUGGCACUGCACGAUAUUUCAGCGAAGGCGACAGUGUUCUGGUAGCCCAAGGCGUAUCCGGGGCUGUAGCUCACCGCGGAUCUAUCAACAAGUUCGUUCCAUACCUCGCAGCCGGCCUUAAGCAUUCGAUGCAAGACUGCGGUAUGCGGAGCUUGGCAGAGCUGCAUGAGAGUGCAGCCAACGGGUCUCUUCGAUUCGAGAUUCGAACGGCGAGCGCCCAACUUGAGGGUAAUGUGAACAUGGAAAGCUACGAGAAGAAACUAUACGCCUAGUAGGCUUGGGUCGACAGACUGGUAGCUGAUUCAACCGGGUUUGGACGAAGUGGCGAACUAGCCUGAGCUCGUAGGUUGGUAGGAUCUACCAGAAAUGAUUGCGGGUCAUUUGGGGCAUAAUGCUCCUUUUCUUUCUCCUUUAAAAAAGAAAAAGAUAGUCUUCGGAACGGAAAAGUAAAAUAAGUAGUGAUACCUCUUGAAAGCUUGCAUGCUUGAUAUGCGAAAUAGCUUCAUACCAUUUACAGGCGUUAUACGGCACGGAAAAGGGAGGAGGUCAUGUCAGCCUGAUGGAUAGGUACUUGACACGGAAGGGGGGAUUCACGUUGGUCCUUUUUAUGGGCGCACGAGACGCGGAAUAGCAUCAGCAUCUGCAUCAGUUAAAUAUAGCAUGCGAAUCAAUCAUAACUUGACAACA